CUGGUAAAGAGUAAAAAAAUAUAAACAUUGAGUCAAAUUCUUCUCAAAUUAGGAUGAUGAACAAAGCCGUUCUGGGUUCGAUUCUUUUCUUCAUGUUGAUCGGUUCGAUUCUUGUUGAGACUCGUCCACUUGGUCUAACAAAGAACGAAGAGAAGAAGCUCGUGGCUAAUUUCUUCGAUGGCUUAUCACUUGGUUCGAUCAAAGGCUCAGGUCCGAGUCCAGGCAAAGGUCAUAAGUUCGUAGACCGGAGCGAUACGUUUCGAUUUGAUAAACACUCCGGUCCAAGCCCAAGCGGACCCGGUCACUAAUUUUUCAAUAUUUUAUUUCAAACCGGGCCGGUUGAAGUGCCCAUCCUCGUCUAGGUCAAAAAAAAAUUAUUUCAUUUUUUUUUUGGUUUCACUAUUAGUCGAAAAUAUACACAAACUACACUGGAAGAAGAAUGGGAAAAUCAAGAAUCGAUGUCUCAUUUUUCCCCAUAUGGUUA